AUGCCCGACACCGUCGUCCUCGGCGGCGGCAUCAUCGGCCUUUCCACAGCCUACUAUCUUGCUCAGCUCUCGCGUGAGAGCGGACUGGUUCAACCCGCCAUGGCGCCGCUCGGCGAUCUCUCGUUCCGGCUGCACGCAGAACUCGCGGAGAAGAACAACGGCCGCGCGAGAUGGGGCUACUCACCAAGUAUCUCGUACUCCCUUGACCGCGACUCGAGCGUGAGAGGAGACUCUGACACGGAGUCUGACCAGGACCCGACUUCGAGUCACCCGUGUCCCCCAGGUCUGAACAGCGCUCUCUUGAAGGCGACCAGGAGGUGCCGAAUCGCCGAGGCUACUGCCGCAUCGACGGCUCUGGAGGCAGCAGAAGAACAGCGGCCCGUCGGUGCUGGUGCAGAGGAGCAGGCAGCCGCCGACCUCGCACAGGCAAACGCGGACGCGGAAGUGACGGCGCUCGCGAAGGACAACCCCGCUGCUGUCGACCUAGCCAAGCUCGACGAACCGUUCUGGCUGAGAACGCAGCCACAUGCUGUGCAGGCCAUCUCCGACAAGACUACGACCGCCCAAUGCAACCCGCACCAGCUCUGCGAAUUCCUGCUCGACUCCUGCCUCGCCAUGGGCGUCCGCCUCCACCACCCCGCCCAAGCGACCCGCCUCUUCCACGCCGACGCCAAAGACCCGUCCUCGCAGACCAUGCUCGAGAUCACCUGCAUCUCCAAGACGAGCGUCGGGCGCACGAUCCGCACGGGCUGCUACGACGUCCCGUGCGACAGCCUCGUCGUCGCCGCGGGCUGCUGGACGCCCGCCGCGUUCUCCACGCUCUUCCCCGACGCGCCGCGCCCGCCGCCGAUCGACCGCCACGCGGGGUUCAGCCUGCGCGUGCGCUCGCGCCACUGGCAGCCCGCGCCGCCGUACGCGGGGCCGUGCCACGCGAUCUUCACGUCGGACCCGAGCGGGUUCAGCCCGGAGCUCUUCACGCGCGUCGGGCGCGAGCUCUGGAUCGGCGGGCUGAACGACGCGGAGCUCGCGCUGCCCGCGGACCCGAUGGACGCGCAGCCGGAGCCGGACGCGAUCGAGCGCAUGCUCGCGGUCGGGCGCGAGCUCUGCGGGGAGGACAUCGAGGUGAUCGACUCGGGCGUGUGUUUCCGGCCGGUGACGCCGAGCAGGAAGCCGAUCAUUGCGAGGGUGGACGGGGAGAAGCUGGGGAGCGGCGUCGUGCCGCGCGCGAAGGCGGGCGCGGGCGUGCCCGGCGGGGUGUACGUCGCGGCGGGGCAUGGGCCGUGGGGGAUCAGCAUGUCGCUGGGGACGGGGAUGGUGGUGGCGGAGCUGGUUCUGGGGCGGGAGACGAGCGCGGAUGUGAAGCUUCUUGGGAAGUGGUAA